AUGGCUCGGACCAUGUUCAUUUUGUUAGUUUUUACUGUGAUGGGGUUGGCCAAUGCGUCCUUUCACCACUUGGUUCAUAAUGAAGAUGAAGAUUUGGAAGUUGCUACAGAAAAGGUAACAUUUUUAUUUGUUUUUUUUAAUUUUAGGUAUCAUAGACCGACUAGAACAAUGUAAAAAGCUUAUGGCUUUUGCCUAAAUAGUAUGAAUCUAAUUUUAGAGAGCCAACAUGCGGCAUCAAAUGGACUCUUUGAUAAUGCUGGUAUUCACCGUGAUGUUCGUCAUAAUCGUAGUUACUGCAUGGUUUUUCAAGCAUUACAAGAUACGAUUUCUACAUGAAAGUGGUGUAACUCUCAUCUACGGCCUUAUUUUAGGCUUAAUCUUUAGAUACACUGAUUUCGGCACGAUUGAAAGUCAGACGUUGGAAGUGAAGGCUCAGAACGGAAGCUCAAUUUUUGUACCUCCAGACUACUUGAGGCUACAAGUCAGUAAGCCACAGUCAAACGAGACCAUCCACUUCCAUUAUGAGAUGUCAGCGGGCUUCUAUUCGGAUACAGCCAUGAAGGAGAAGCACACUGAACGGAAGACCGUGUUCUCGCCUGAAAUCUUCUUUAACGUUCUUCUCCCUCCAGUUAUAUUCAAUGCGGGUUACAGUUUGAAGAAGCGACACUUCUUUAGAAACAUUGGAUCUAUUCUGUCGUUUGUGUUUAUUGGGUGCACUAUCUCCAGUAUACUAACAUGGUAAGUUUUUUUUGGUUUAAGUUUUUAAAAUAAUACAAUGAAAGCAAAUUUAUCGUUCUUGAGUAUCAGAGGAUUGUUAUGCUUUGUUUCAGUUUAAUCAUGUUCGUAUUUUGUUGGAUCUUCCGUUUGGGUUUCACGUUUGUCGAGUUACUAUUCUUUGGUGCUUUGAUUUCAGCUACGGAUCCUGGUAGGUUCUUGACUUUUUUAAUUGAUGUUUAGUUUAUUUACUAAAAUUUUAAUGCUUGUUUUACAUUAUCUAGGCAUACUGUUGAAGAUUUUAACUUAUUAAAGUUCCCUUUAUUUUAUAAACUAAUUUUGUUUAUUUCAGUUACUGUUCUCGCCGUAUUCUCCGAAAUGAACGUGGAUGUUGACCUAUACGCUUUGGUAUUUGGUGAAAGUGCUCUAAACGACGCUGUAGCGAUCGUACUCUCUGGAAUCGUAGACCAAUUCACAGCCCAUUCGGCAGCUUUUUCAGUCGGUGAUCUGCUCAGCGCAUUCAUCGAAUUCGGCUACGUUUUCUUCGGAAGUCUGCUCUUGGGAUGCUUUGUCGGAUGUUCAAAUGCUUUGAUCACAAAGUUCACAGACGUUAACGAGUAUCCUCUACUGGAAAGUGCUCUAUUCGUAUUGGUGUCAUACAUAUCAUUCUUGUUUGCCGAAGUUGUGCACUUUACGGGAAUUGUAGCUGUACUAUUUUGUGGUAUCUGUCAAGCCCAUUACACAUUCAACAACCUGUCAGAAGAGUCACAACAAAGAACGAAGCAAUUCUUUGAAGUCAUCUCGUUCUUGGCCGAGAGUUUCAUUUUCUUGUACAUUGGAGUGUCGUUGCCUACUGCAAGAGCUCAAUGGAGUAUCAUAUUCGUUGGUGUUGCUUUUGUAAGUUGACUUUGACAUAUUAAAAGAAUGCAUUGCACAAUUUAAAAAAGUAAUUAAAAGUAGAAUAUCAUUGUUAAAACACCAUUUUUAGGUUGCAACUCAGUUGUCCCGUGCUUUGUGGGUCUACCCAAUGUGCUCCAUUCUGAAUACGAAUCGAAAGCCAAAAAUCGAAAGAAAUCAUCAGCAUAUGAUUGUAUGGUCAGGCCUAAAAGGAGCAGUUCCUUUCGCAUUAGCGUCAAGAAACACGGCUACAGAACAUAGGCAGAUUAUGCAGUCUACUACAUCAAUACUCAUCUUAUUCACCGUGCUUAUAAACGGAGGAUUGGCUGGAUGGAUGAUUGAGAAGUUGGGGAUCAAACAUGGCAAAGAUGUAACACAACAAACAGCGUCAUCGAUGGCAGAGACUGAAAACGAAGAGGAUACAGAUGUUUUAAAUGCGAACAACAGAAGGUCUGGAAGAAACCCGUGGGACAAGGCCUUCUUGCCCAGAAAGUGGUACAACUUUGAUGCGGUGUAAGUUCAGUUGUAAGAAUGUACUAAUGAAGAUGUACAAGAGUAUAUUAUAGGUAUACGAAAAAAGAAAAAUGUGUAACUUGAAGAAUAAAUAAAACUAUUCAGAUUUAUGGUUAAGUAACGCUAUUUUCAGAUUCAUGAAGCCAUUGUUGACGAACGCCAAUCCUACAUUAAUGGAAACUCUACCCGGAUUUUGUGCACCAGUUGCACGAAUGUUGACCACGGAGAAACAACUUCGAAAUGUACAGUCUUGUGAUUUGUAACUUCUUUCAAUUUGUUCUUCUUUUGUUACAGUAGCUGCAUCAGCGAUGGGGUUUUACAGUAUUCGCCUUAUAUGGCGACGUAAAGUUUUAGCCAAUUUUUUGAAAAAAUGGACUGUAAUUCAUUUGUAGAUGAAUCUACUGUAACAAUACUCUUUUUGCAGUAAUUACUAUGGUUGCUUAAGUAUUUUACAUUGAUUUCUAAGUAUUUUCGGGCAUUUAUGUUACAUCUUUUGCGUGAAUCUCUGCCUUUUUUGUUAUCGGAUAACAAUUACCGUUUAUAAUGAUGGGUAUUGCUUAGCUAGCUUUUGGAUCGUGCUGUAAAAAAAUCGUUAACUUUUUCAAGCUGAUACCAUCAUUUCAGAGAUUUUAAUACUAAAGGUGCAACUUUUUAGUCAUUGUUAGAAUUUUUUAAUAGACUUCUACUGUUUUGCUAAAGUAUUCUCUAGUCUAUAUCUGCUUUCAUCUCCAGUUUGAAUAUCUCUAGUGUUUGUACUGUUGCUGGCUUUAUGAAGGUCCUAAAACUACAUCUUUAUAUCAUUUUAGGUUUUCUUAAAGCUUGUAACCAGAAUAAUAUUUUUUUAUUCAAUUUUAUGGUCAAACUUGAUUUAUAAACACAAAGUCUGAUGUCAUUUCGUCAACAACAGUACAAACUUUUUGAAAUUUCACUUUUCUUUUGUAUUUUAUGCUUUUUUUAAGAAUUCCGAUGCCUAUGAACCGCUUCCAACCUGUGGUCAAGCUUCUAAUGACAUCUUCUAAUGCCUUUUGUAUAAACUGCUUAAAAAUUGUUAUGAACUUUUUUUCUUUCUUUGUGUGCAAAAACUUUAUUUACAGCGCGAACUGAAACGAACUCAGGAGCUGCCUAAUUUCGUGGACAGCAAAUCAGAUGAAUCACCUCGAUUCGACGCUAAUCCGAGGACAGUUUGA